UGUUUGUUUUGUUCUCAAAAUGCUGUCGUAUCAGAAAAUGACAGAGAAACAGCGCGACCUGUUUGACAAGGUCAAGAGCGCGAGUCUCUAUCUAUCGCUGCAUAAAGAGCGGAUAGGCGAUGCGGAAGCCCAAGCGAUUGCUGCGGGGCUCAAACAGAACACGGCGCUGACUUCGCUCGUUCUGAGUGAGCAGCAGAUUGGCGAUGUCGGAGCAAUGGCCAUUGCAGACGCUCUCAAAACGAACCGAACCGUGAAGGAGCUCUUUUUGGCCAAGAAUCAGAUUGGCGAUGCUGGAACGCUGGCGCUUGCUGAGGCACUCAAAGCAAACAAGACAGUGAGGACGCUCUAUCUCAGUGACAACCGGAUUGGCGAUGCCGGAGCCCAAGCGCUUGCGGAGGCACUCACGGUCAACGAGACGCUCACUUUUCUUCGUAUGGACAAGAACAUCUUGACCUCCGCUGGAAUCACUGCGCUCACGCAAACAGGCAAUGCCGUUUGUAAAUUGGACGGUCUUGACAACCAGCGUGUGCCAUCGCCUGCCGAAUUGGCUCAGAAUCAGAGCGCAGCAGCAGCACGUGCCGCAGUCACUCAGCCUUCUGCCAACCUUCAAUCCGCGUUUCAGUUUCUGCGUUCCGACCUCGCUGCCAAAAGUACGCUUCUUGACUCCAAGCUGGCUGCCAAAGCGCAGCAGGUGCGCACUACCAAAGCGCAGGAGCGUACUGCCAAUGGCCAGGAGCUCGCUCCCGAAGAUCAGCAAUUGCGCUCCAAGCUGGCUGUCAAAGAAGCGGAGCUCGCUACCAAAGAGCAAGAGCUGAAGCAGCUUCGCUCAAGUCUCGCUGCCAAAGUCCAGGAGCUCGCUACCAAAGAUCAGGAGCUCGCUGCCAAAGAUCAGACGCCCAAAGAGCUGGAGCUCGCUGCCAAAGAGCAAGAGCUGAAGCAGCUUCGCUCAAGUCUCGCUGCCAAAGUCCAGGAGCUCGCUACCAAAGAUCAGGAGCUCGCUGCCAAAGAUCAGACGCCCAAAGAGCUGGAGCUCGCUGCCAAAGAGCAAGAGCUGAAGCAGCUUCGCUCAAGUCUCGCUGCCAAAGAUCAGGAGCUCGCUGCCAAGGACCGUAAAUUGAAAUCAGCUCUUGAUCGCAUCGACGUAUUUGAGCGCAACCAAGCAUCCGUUCACGGACCAAUCCCGAAAGUUCCAUUCACAGCUCUUGUCACCGCCACGAACAAUUUUUCUGAGGAUUCGCUGCUCGGUGUAGGAGCAUUUGGUCGCGUGCACAGCGGCAGUUUGCCUGGGCCUCCUGUUGCCGUUGCCAUCAAGAAGCUGCUCGCCGAAUCGAUCGUUAGCUAUACCGCAUUUCAAUCGGAACUGGACUCUUUGUCGAAAUUCCGUCACCAAAACAUCAUUACCAUUCUGGCCUGCGCUGAAGGUCACGGUGCAUAUUGCUUGGUGUACGAGUUUAUGCCAAACGGUUCUGUGCGCGACCGCUUGGAUUGCACGAACAACACCCCUCCGCUCGCCUGGACUCAGCGCCAUCGCAUUGCUGCUGAUGUCUCCCGUGGCAUGAACUACGUCCAGACAGCCUUCUUCCCUGACCAUGUUCUGUUCCACCGCGACCUCAAGACAGACAAUGUGCUUUUGGACGCGCAUUUCAACGCAAAAGUCUCUGAUUUUGGCCUCGUUCGUGACGCCCCACACUUCGAUGAUAAGAAAUCCCUUCACACCAAGAACUUUCAAGGCACCGGUCCUUACAUGUGUCCGCAGCUCCUCGAGUCAGGCCGCAUGACCAUCAAGACAGAUGUCUACGCCUUCGGCAUGAUUUUGCUGGAAUUGACGACUGCUGACAAACCCGGGAUUGGGCUGAAGUCCAAAGCGCGAAAGGCUGUGAGGCACCAAACCAUCAAUGACAUGCUAGACCCGGCACUCAACACAACCGACGCAGAGCGCCCGCUCAUCAACGAGCUUGUCACUCUUGCACUCGAAUGCCUUGAGGAUGAUGCUGACGAUCGCCCGUCCUUUAACACCCUUCUUGCUACGCUGAAUCCUGAAUGACAAGCGAAAGGUGUUGUAUCAAUGUUGCAGCAUUAGGAUAUAGCAUGUAGAUGGCAUGCUGCGAAUGAGGGCGUAUCUACUCCUGAUUCUACACCGUGUUUUUCUGUUACAAGCGUUUUACUUCGUUAUCUGCCGUUUCUGUCUCUUUGCGCAUUGUGAUUUUUGUAUUUGAAUGAAUUGUUCUGUUCUCGAGA